AUGGACGCUGACACCUAUCACCGCGCGAUUCCCGCAAGUGAAAUUUCGGAAACGGUUGCAGACCCCAAAAACAAGAUUGAGAGUACGUUGCGCUCAAUCUGGGCUCAUGUUCUGAACCUUCCAGAGCAGCAAGUUUCUCUUGACCGGGCCUUCCUUUCUCUUGGCGGCGAUUCUAUCUCCGCCAUGCAGGUCAUGGGACAUUGCCGCAAAAAGGGGAUCGGACUAGGGGUACAAGAGAUCCUCCGUUGUAAAUCCAUUCCUCAGCUUGCGGCGGCUGUCAAAGAGAUCAAAACUAUUUCGGACAACAUCGCCGAAGAAAUGGAAUCUCCGUUUGAUCUUACGCCGAUACAAGCAUCUUGGUUUCAACUGCCAAACCAAGGGCAUGGCCACUUCAACCAGUCAUUUUAUCUACGGGUUCGCGAGAAGACUACGAGUCAGUCUUUUCAAUCUGCCGUUGAACAGCUGGUAUCGCGACACUCGAUGCUUCGGGCUCGCUUUUCCUUUACUGGUGAGAACGGUUGGAAGCAGAGACUAACAAACGAUGUGGCGGGCUCAUAUCGCUUCCGACACAAAUCUGUUACCACCAAGAAAGAGAUAGACGUUAUGAUCGAGGACUCACAAAAGUGCAUGAACCAUGAAACAGGACCACUCUUUGCUGCAGAUCUGUUCGAAUAUAACGGAGAGCAACAUGCUUUCCUUGUCGGGCACCACCUCGUCAUUGACUUAGUCACUUGGAGAUUGCUCCUCGAAGAACUAGAGGAAAUCUUACGUGGCGGUACCUUACUCCCUCCAGCAUUGCCUUUCCAGAGCUGGGCUCAAAUGCAAAAGGACCAUGCGCAGACUCUCAAGGUCGACAAGGUUUUGCCCCCGGUUGAUCUUCCAAUACUCGAUUUUUCAUAUUGGGGAAUUGAGCACAAAGCCAACACAUACGGCAAUGCAGGUCACGAGAGCUUUGAAAUUGACUCAGCUCUUACCUCUGUCUUCCUUAACGAUUGUCACAAAGCGAUGAAGACUGAACCUAUUGAAGUACUGCUUGCCAGUUUGAUUCAGUCGUGGUCAAAAGUGUUUACUGAUCGCCCCGUGCCUGCCAUUUUCAAUGAAGGCCAUGGGCGCGAACCAUGGAAUUCUGACCUAGACAUAUCACGCACAGUUGGUUGGUUCACGACAGUGUACCCUGUCUUUGCACAGCCUUCAGAAAAUCUACACGAGACAGUCCGCCGAGUCAAAGACUUCCGAAGACAAAUUCCAGCCAACGGAAGGCCGUACUUUGCAAAGCGAUGUUUGACAGUAGAAGGCCAAGAGUACUUCAAGGGCCACUGGCCCAUGGAGAUCUCCUUCAAUUAUCUUGGGCAGUACCAACAAUUGGAGCGUACCGAUGCCCUUCUACAGCCAUUGGAAAGUAUGGCGGGAGAGACUCGCGAAGCUGGUGGCACUGCUGAUGUUGGCCACGAUGCACCACGCUUUGGUCUUUUUGAGAUUUCCGCCAUCGUCUUCAAGGGACGACUCAAGUUCGCCUUCACCUUCAAUCGUCACAUGAAGCACCAAGAAAGUAUCCAGCGAUGGAUCUCUGAAUGUUCGCAGAUAUUCCCUCAAAUGAUUAAUAGCUUGAUGGAACUGUCUCCCACCCCAACUCUUAGCGACUUCCCACUACUGUCACUUACGGAUGAUCGAUUCCAAUCGAUGAUAAAUCGGUUGGCAAACAUCGGCAUCCCUGCAGCGGAGAUCGAGAACGCUUAUCCUUGCUCAAGUAUGCAAGAAGGACUGCUCAUCUCUCAGAACAGGGAUGCUGGAUUCUAUGCUGCUGCAACAGUACAUGAAUUCAUCAUCUCUAACGGAAAGGUUGAGCCUCAGAGAAUUGCAGAAGCAUGGCAAGACGUCGUUCGGCGCCACGCAGCUCUGCGAACUAUCUUUCUAGAGAACAUUGGUGGAGACGAUGGCCUAUACGAUCAAGUUGUGCUGAAGCGGGCGGAUCCAAACAUUGCAUAUUUCAAUUGCGCAAGUGAGGAAGAAGCCUUGCGCAUCAUCAACGAGCAGCGAUCGGUAAGCUAUGAGAAUGGCAGAAGCCCCCCACAUCGCUUUACUAUCUGCACUGCAUCUGAUGGCCGAGUAUUCUGCGGCCUUGAAAUCAGCCAUGCUGUCAUGGACGGUCACUCCAUGAGCAUUAUCUACUCCGAUCUGCGCAAGGCAUAUGCUAGAUCACUCGAUCCAAAUGGACCUAUCUACAGCGACUAUAUCGAACUUCUCCAAGAUCAAUCGGCUGAUGUCAGCUUGGAUUACUGGAAGAACUACCUUACCGGUAGUGAGGUCUGCUCAUUCCCUAUCCUCAAUGACAAUUUGAUUCCAGACCAGAGACGUCUUCAAUCGCUCCGUCUGGAUUUCGGGAAUCUGAGUGUUCUCGAUUUGCAGUCAUUUUGCAACAAGAAUGGCAUUACACUUUCAAAUAUUUUCCACGUAGCUUGGGCGUUGACGCUGAGCUCCUAUGUCGGAUCUAAAGACGUAACAUUUGGAUAUCUUACUUCAGCAAGAGACUCGGAUACCAUUCCAAACGUCGAAGAGUUGGUGGGGCCACUAAUCAAUACUUUGGUCUGUCGAGUACAGUUCACAGACAGUUCAAAUUGCUUGCUGGAUAUCCUUCGCGGUGUCCAACAGGACUAUUUGGACACCAUGCCCCAUCGACACUCUUCUCUUGCGGAGGUUCAGCACGUUCUCAACUUGUCUGGUACCAAUCUGUUCAAUACAGCAUUGUCAUACCGAAAGCUUCCUCCCGAGUCUCCUUCUGAAGAAGGUGGACUAAAGUUCAGAGAAGUGGCGCCCAUCUACGACCCGACGGAGUAUCCAGUGUCACUGAACAUCGAGAUAGCCGAGGAAGCAGCCCUGGUCGAUCUCGACUUCUGGUCUGAUCAUCUUACGACUGGUCAAGCUGCUAAUGUGGCAAGCACCUUUGUCCGAGCUCUGGAGAAUAUCGUAUUCCACGCUGAAGAAAGUAUUGCAAGUCUUGAUCAUCUGAGCGGGAAGCAGUGGCAGCAGAUACUUGGCUGGAACGUGAUGCCAGAGACCCUCCAUGAAUGCGUUCAUCAGCGCUUUGCUUCUUGGGUAGCAUCCCAGCCAGAUGCCCCCGCCGUUCGUGGUUUUGAUGGCGAUUACACUUAUGCCGAACUUGAUGUUGUUGCUGAGCGGCUGGCUCGCCAUUUGGUAGAGCUGGGCAUUGGCCCAGAGGUGUUCGUCCCCACAUGCUUCGAUAAAAGCACUUUUGCAGUUGUUUCUAUGCUCGCCGUACUGAAGGCUGGUGGCGCUGCAGUACCCUUGGAUGCUAAGCACCCUAAACCAGCGCUUGAGUCUCGAGUUGAAGACACUCAAGCACAAGUUGUGCUGACUUCAGCCGAACGCUCUGAACUAUUCGAAGACGUCGUACCGGAUGUGAUCAUUGUCGAUUCGGUGCUGUUGGACGACUUGGCAGACACAGAUACCUCUUCGCGGCCAGCAUGUGAAACUGUCCGACCAGAAAAUCCAGCUUUCGUUAUUUUUACAAGUGGCAGCACUGGCCGACCAAAAGGCGUCGUGCUCGAGCAUGCCGCUAUGGUCACCAGUGCAAAUGCUCAUGGUGCGAAUCUAGGAAUUGGACCAGGGUCGCGCUUCUUGCAAUUUGCAAGCUACACCUUUGAUAACUCCCUCGAAGAGAUGUUCACCACUCUUCAACGUGGCGGCUGUGUUUGCGUGCCGUCCGAAGAGCAACGAAUGAACGAUCUGCCCAAUGCUAUCGCCGAGCUAGGUGCCAAUUUCAUGGAUCUUACUCCCACAGUGGCAGCUCUACUUAAUCCCGCCGAGGUCCCUUCCAUUAAAGGAAUGGCCUUGGGUGGUGAGGCCCUCACAAAAGCCGUGGUAGAGCAAUGGAGUGAGCAUGUACACUUGCACGGCCAAUAUGGGCCCAGUGAGGCCUCCAUCAAUUCGGCUUGGAAGGACUUCAAGCACGGCAGCGAGCCAACGAAUAUAGGAAGAGCAAUUGGCAGUGUCUCCUGGAUCGUCGACCCAGACAACAGAAACAGGCUUGUGCCAAUCGGUUGCAAGGGCGAGCUGCUCAUUGAGGGUCCCAUACUGAGUCGGGGAUAUCUCAAUGAUCCCGAGAAGACUACUCUGGCAUUCAUCACGGACCCGGAGUGGGCCGCGGCAAAUGGGUCAACAGGGCGCAGGUUCUACUGCACUGGCGAUCUCGUUUACUAUACCUCUGAAGGAGAGAUGAUGUAUCUUGGUCGCAAAGAUAAUCAAGUCAAGCUUAAUGGACAGCGCAUUGAGUUGGGCGAGAUUGAACACCAUCUUAAACUCAAUCUACCUGCUGAAGCUCAGUCUGCCGUUGAGCUUGUGAAAUUCACAGGCGCAAAAGCCACAAAAGCCCUUGUUGGCUUCUUGUGUUUGACUGAAGAGCCAACUGGUUCAGUGAAUGACACGACCUCUGCCAUAGGUGAAAUGACGGAAACUUUUCGAGUCGUGGCGAAGCAGAUGGAACAAGCCCUCUCAGCAGCCCUUCCAGCAUACUAUGUUCCAUCAAUGUUUGUGCCCGUGACAAACAUGCCAAUGACUACUUCUGGCAAACUCGAUCGUAAAAUCCUUCGACAGCUCGCGCAGGGCAUCAAGGACGAGGACAUGCAGAGCUUCCGUCUCGCUGGCAAGAGUGGACGUGCACCUUCAGGUGAUGUUGAGUGUACGCUCUCCCGAAUCUGGUCAGACAUUCUCAACCUUGGACCAGACGCAGUGGGAGCCGACGACUCUUUCUUCCGUCUUGGUGGUGACUCAAUUGGCGCCAUGAAGCUCGUGACUGCAAGUCGUAAGAGCGGCAUUGUUCUUUCCGUUGCCAACAUCUUCGCCCACCCCAAGCUUGUUGAUAUGGCAGCGAACGCUACCGUGAUUUCCUCCGAUGAGCUGUCUGCACAGUCCUCAUUCGAUACAGUUCCCUUCGAACUUGUUUCAGAAAGCGACAGGCGUCGCAUUAUUGACUUUGCCGCCGCGGAAUGUGGUGUUUUCUCCGAUUCAAUCGUUGACAUCUAUCCCUGCAGCCGUCUUCAGGAGGGACUCAUCGCACUGUCUACUAAAGAACCUGGUGCUUAUGUUGCUGAGACAAUUUACCGCCUCCCGCGUGACGUUGACCUACAGAAGUUUCGUGAAGCGUGGAACAAGACUAUUGCUUCUGAGGCAAUUCUGAGAACACGCAUCAUAUAUGUCGAGAACUACGGCUUCCUACAGAUCGUCAUUCGCGAGGGAGCUGAGUGGCUCACUUUUGAUGACCUACAAGACAUCAAAGAAUCUCAUCGACAACUGCCAGCGAAGCAUGGCGGACCUCUGGCGAGCUACGCUAUCGUGGGGGAGGACACCUCCUCGCCGUUCUUCGUCUGGACCGCUCAUCAUGCUGUAUAUGACGGUUGGAGUUUGCCUGCACUUCUGCAAAAAGUGGAGACACUCUACAAUAGCCGCGAUAGCCCUGAGUCAGCGGGCUCCAUUCCAUAUUCUCGCUUUAUCAAGUAUCUCGCUACUGUUGAUGCAAAGCAGUCGGAUGAAUUCUGGCUUUCUCUCUUCGAGAGCAUUACUGCACCGCAAUUCCCCCAGCUACCCAACCCAGACUACAAGGUCCAGGCAUCGAAUCAAAUUGAACAUCAUGUUUCUAUAUCUCGCAGGGCCGGUGCGGAUAUCACAAUGCCAUCCAUGAUCAGGGCCGCGUGGGCCUUGCUAUUGGCUACAUUCUCGGGAUCUGACGACGUUCUUUGGGGUGAGACUAAUAGUGGUCGCGACGUCCCGGUUCCUGAUGUGGAAGAUAUCAUUGGUGCAACAAUCACAACUUCUCCAAUGCGGAUCAAGCUUGAUCGCCAGUUGACCAUUCAGGAGUACAUGCAGAGGGUCCAACAACAGUCAUCGGCUGCGGUCCCAUUCCAGUUCGCCGGUCUGCAGCACAUCCGAAAGCUGAGCUCCGAUACGGCUGUCGCGUGCGAUUUCCAGAGUCUGCUUGCAAUUGUUGCAGGUGAUAGCAUGAAAGAUCCUGAAGGAGGUUUGUGGAACUUGCAAAGCACUGGUACUAUUGGCACCAACUUCUUCAACUACGCGUUGAUUUUCAACUGUACUGUCACUCAAGGCAAGGUGCACAUCGAAGCACACCAUGACCCCCAGGUUAUCUCCUCUUGGCUCGUGGAGCGACUUUUGCAACAGUUCGAUUUCAUUCUUCAGAGGUUCAACUCUCAUGAAGCCGCCCAAGAACCUCUUUCUGACUUCGUCCUGUUGCGACCAACUGAUGAAGAGUAUAUCUCGUCGCAAAAUCAACGACCUGUCAAUGUGGUCAAUAAAUGCAUCCACGACGCAAUAUUGCAAGAUCAGGCCAUACUCCGCCCAUCUGCUGUCGCCAUCGAUGCAUGGGACAUAAGCGUCAUGACCUACAAGGAGCUUGAUGAGCGCGCAACUCGUCUUGCUUCAACACUGAUAUCACAAGGUGUAAAACCAGGCGCGUUUAUUCCUCUUUGUUUCGACAAGUCCGGCUGGACCAUCAUUGCUAUGCUGGCCGUUAUGAAAGCAGGUGCUGCGUUCGUGCCCUUGGACUUCGAAGCACCAAUUCUCCGUCUUCGUGAGAUCAUUGGCGAUGUCAAAGCUGAGCUGGUUCUCUGCGCUGCCCAACACGAAAAGCUCUGCCAAUCAAUCCCUUGCAAGACGUUGGUAGUGAACCGGGACACCACGAAUCAACAAACUGGGCGAUCUGUCUCAUUGCCCUACGUUGAUAGCGACUCGCCUGCAUAUGUUCUCUUCACGUCAGGGUCCACCGGAAAACCCAAGGGUGCAGUCAUCAACCAUCGCCACUGGGUUUCAAGUUCCACUGCUUUUGCUCCCGCAAUGGGCAUAAAUGAGACAUCACGCGUGCUUCAGUUCGCUUCAUACACCUUUGAUGCUUGCCUGAUCGAGAUUUUCAGCACAUUGAUGUUGGGUGGUACGGUCUGUGUUCCGGACCAAGCAUCCCGAACGAAUGACCUCACCGGGGUGAUCAACAACAUGAGAAUCAAUUGGGCGACUCUCACACCUUCGGUCGUCAGAAUGAUGCAGCCAUCUCAAGUACCAGGCCUAAAGAGCCUUGUACUGAUUGGAGAGGCAAUGUCACAGCAAGAUCUUCUCACAUGGGCAGAGCGCGUCACCCUCGGAAACGGAUACGGCCCAACCGAAUGUAGUGCUAUUGCUACAGUCAACAUCAUGGCACCUUCCACUAAGCCAAAUAACUUAGGAAGAGCUGUUACUGCUCGUGGAUGGGUGGUAUCCAAGGAUAAUCACAAUGUUCUCGUGCCAAUGGGCGCGGUAGGAGAACUUCUGCUUGAGGGCGGUGGUGUCGGCGCAGGCUACCUAAACAAUCCAGAGAAGACAAGCCAGUCGUUCAUCGGCGAGGUUAAAUGGUCGUUGGGAGCUCGUGCGGGCGAACUGAAGUCUCGCAGAAUCUAUAAAACCGGCGAUUUGGUGAAGUACAAUGAAGACGGCACCCUACUUUACCUUGGUCGCAAGGACUCUCAGACAAAGGUUCGAGGGCAGCGCCUUGAACUUUCAGAAGUUGAACAUCACCUCAUUGAGGAUGUAUCAGUUCAAAAUGCUUUGGCAGCUGUGCCGACAGCUGGCCCAUGUGCUAAACGCCUUGUUGGUGUUGUGUCAUUGCACAAUGUUUCAAUGACCCAGAAUCCAGGCGUUGAACUGCAAUUGUUACCUACUGAAACGGCGACAUUCAAUAUUGCUGCAAUUCGAGAUCGCGUAUGUGAGCGAUUGCCAGCAUAUAUGGUCCCCUCGCUAUGGAUUGCCGUGUCCGCUUUUCCACUUAUGCCAUCAGGUAAAAUGGACCGCAGACGAGUCGUCCAAUGGUUGGAGCAGAUGGACAAGGAUAUGUACCGCACCAUCUCCACACUUGGCCUUGAAGCGCCGAAGGAAGAAGUCAACACCGUGGAGAGCAAACUGCAGGCCAUUUUCGCCAAUGUCCUGAAUCUUCCUCCAGAGGAUAUCCGACUGAAUCAGAGCUUCUUGCAUCUUGGCGGCGAUUCGAUUGCCGCAAUGCAGGUAUCUUCGCAAUGUCGAGCUCAGGGACUUGCAAUCACUGUCCAGGACAUUAUACGUUCGAAGUCGAUAGCGGCGUUGGCCUCAAAGGUCUCAGUCUCCCAAGACGACAGUGCGUCAGAUGGCAAAACGCAGGAGCACAAUCUGCCUUUUGACUUAACUCCAAUUCAGAAGGUCUUCUUCUCUGCUGCAGGAAGCGUGUACAAUCACUUCAACCAGAGCGUGGUUCUUCGUCUCUCGCGAUCAUUCGAGCUGCAAGAAAUUGAAGCGGCUUUAGCAUCGCUCGUAACUAUACAUCCAAUGCUUCGCGCUCGAUUCAGAACAGAUGAAUCAAAGACCUGGCGACAACAAAUCAUAAAAGAUAUUCCUGGGUCUUUCAGGCUACGCCAUCACACAGUACCGACGGCUUCAAAUGAUACGAUUGGAAAAAUCACGGAUGAGAGCCAAGCUACGCUAGAUAUCACCACCGGCCCUACAUUCUCCGUCGACCUUUUUGAGGUAGACGAUACUUUCACCCAAGCUAUCGCUCUUGUCGCUCAUCAUCUAAUCAUUGAUGUCGUUUCUUGGGGAAUUGUCCUCGAAGAUCUUCAGAGUUUGUUGAAUGGUGUCAAACCACCACCUCAAAGUUUGCCGUUCCAUAAUUGGGCUCAGCAACAAUUAGACCAAGCCAAGCAAGACACUGCCCGAAAGGUUCUACCCACGCAGGGAAUUCCACCAGCUGAUUUCGAUUACUGGGGAAUGGAUGGGAGACCAAACAUCAACUCCGAUGUCAUUACCGAAGAAAUCGAGCUGAGUCCCAAGGAUUCUAUGCUUCUGUUGGGAGCCCAUGACGCUCUAGCAACGGAGCCUCUCGAUGUUUUCAUCGCUGCUUUGCUCGAGUCUUUCCGCAAGGUGUUCCAAGACCGCUCGAAUAUCACAAUCCACAACGAAGGUCAUGGUCGCGAACCAUUUGAUGUCAAGCAAGAUCUUUCCCGCACAAUCGGAUGGUUUACUACCCUGACUCCGAUACAUCUCCCUGUGCUAGCCGAUGAACCUACGGAUAUCGUAAGCACAAUUCGUUGGGUUAAAGACGUCCGUGAAAGAAUACCAGACAAGGGACGUCCUUACUUUUCUUACCGAUUACUUACACAGGAAGGCGAGGAACGUUUCGCCGGCCACUGGCCCGCCGAGGUAGCUUUCAAUUAUCUUGGGCGGAUGCAGAAUCUUGAACGCAAAGACUCGCUGCUGCAGAAAAUGGACGGAAUCUCAACAUCUGACGUCGGCCCGGAUGUUCCUCGCUUCUCUCUAUUCGAGGUUACAGCAUUGGUGACACAAGGUACCAUCAAAAUAUCGUUCGGAUUCAAUCGACAUAUGAAGCGCCAGGCAGAGAUCAAAGAGUGGAUCUCGCAAUGCCGCCAGACUCUAGUGGAUGCAGUUGAAGAGCUACUCCAAGUGCGACCUGAGCCAACACUCAGUGACUUCAAGUUGUUACCCCUCUCCUACAACGGGGUAUCGAAACUAAACACAGUUCUUCCAACUGGAACAACCAUCAAUGACAUCGAAGACAUUUAUCCAGCUUCGCCAAUGCAACAGGGUAUAUUGCUUUCGCAACUAAAGCACCCCGAAUUUUAUGCAUAUUACUGUAUUUUCGAAGUUCGGUCAACAAUUCCUGGAAAACCAGUCAACCCCCGCAAGAUUGCAGAAGCAUGGCAAAUUGUCGUGCACCGCCAUCCGGCUUUGCGAACAGUAUUCAUCGAGAGCCUAUCCAAAACCGGGCUGAUGGAUCAGAUUGUUUUCAAAGACCGAGCAGGUCGUAUUUCGUGGAUCUUGGAUUGUGACGAUCAUAAUGCUGCGGAGAUUCUACGAUCACAGCAGGCUGUAGACUAUCGGGAGUUCAACGCCCCUCAUCGCUUGACAAUCUGCAAAACCGUGAGCGAUAGCGUAUGGGUCAGACUUGAGAUGAGCCAUGCCAUCUGCGAUGGUAGCUCGAUACCAAACAUUCUUGGCGACCUGGCUCGAGCCUACGAAGGCAAAAUCUCCCGCGCAGAUGCCGGUCCUCUGUACAGUGACUUUAUUGCUCACAUCCUCUCGAGCUCUCGAGAUGUUGAUGUGAGCUAUUGGAAGUCGUAUCUGUCAGGUGUUGAGCCUUGUUUCUUCCCUACACUACAAGAUUCUCAGCCAGAACCUCAUGAGCUCGGGUCUUACGAAGUUCAUCUCUCCAACGCUUCUGCACUCCAAGCCUUCUGUAAGAAGCAGGGAGUCACGCUUUCAAACGUGUUGCAGCUUGCAUGGACGCUGGUUUUGCACUGUUACGUUGGAGCUUCUGAUAUUUCCUUCGGAGUUGUAUCCUCGGGCCGCGACAUCCCAGUCCGCAAUAUCGAAGAGGCAGCCGGAUGUUUCGUCAAUAUGAUGAUCUGUAGGCUCACCUUUUCUGAUGAUACUAGAAUUCAGGUAUUGUUGGAGAAACUCCAGAAUGACUCUGUCGAUGCAUUGGCCCAUCAAAGCUGCUCCCUCGCAGAUGUACAACACGAACUUCAGCUUCCAUCCUUAUUUAACACUGUGUUUACUUUCCAGCGACGCCAACUUGCGAGGGACCCUGAAAAGACUGCCCUCGUAUAUGAGAAUGUUGAAGCUGCUGAUCCUGGAGAAUACCACAUCACGGUGAAUGCGGAUGUUUCUGAUGAGGGUACGACAGUCGACUUUGGCUUUUGGAAGGACAAGGUCUGCCCCUCGCAUGCGGAGAAUAUGGUUCAAACGUUUGAAAAGGUUCUUUCAGACAUUGUCACAAAUACAGAUAAGAACUUAACUAUAGGGGAGCUGGAAAUGUGCACAGAAGGAAGUCUGCAUAAGAUCAUGGAGUGGAACAGCGAAAUUCCCGCUCCUGUUCGCAGAUGUGUACAUGAUCUGGUCUCAGAACAAGCUCUGCUCCGCCCCCGAUCUGCGAAGGCCGUCGAAGGCUGGGACGGGACCUUUACGUACCAAGAGUUUGAUGAAGUGACGAAUCGAUUGGCGAUCCAUCUCAACAACCUUGGUGUCACCACCGAAACCUUCGUCCCGAUUCUAUUCGAGAAGUCAUCAUGGGCCAUCGUAUCAAUGAUUGCGAUCAUGAAAGCCGGUGGCGCUUAUGUUCCUCUUGAUCCAAAGCAUCCACCUGGGCGACUUCGCCAACUCAUCGGCGACGUGGGCGCGAAAGUUGUUCUCUGCUCGAGAAACUAUCAUCCGCGAGCGAGUGAGGUCGCUCACAGUGCAGUGAUUGUUGACAGAAUGGCGAUCAAUAAACUUCCCUUAUCCAAGGGACUGAAAGCGCAUUCAAAUGUUACACCGGAUAAUGCUGCAUACUGCCUCUUCACCUCAGGCACAACGGGAGCCCCCAAGGGCACAAUAAUCCCGCACCAGUCUUUCUGUACCAGCGCUGCCUCAUUCACCCGAAUCAUGAGCAUAGAUUCAACAUCUCGGACCUACCAAUUCGCGAGCUAUACCUUUGAUGCCAGUUGUGCCGAGAUUCUAGCAGCGCUCACUGUUGGAGCAACAGUCUGCGUUCCUAGCGAGGAUGACAGAAUAAAUGAUCCCGCUGGCUCGAUGCACAAGCUCAAAGCUACUUGGUCUUUCCUCACCCCAUCAGUUCUUGGUACCAUGAAUCCGAAGAGACUACCUCACUUGAAAACAUUGGUGUCAGGUGGAGAAGCAGUCCCAGCCCCGAUCAUCACGAAGUGGGCUCCCACCACGAAUUUCAUCAAUGGCUACGGUCCUACUGAGACCACUGUUUUCGCGAGUGCUGGCACGAAGUCAACCUUCGAUAGCGUCAUCCUCAAUACUGAUCCUGCUAAUAUUGGCAUUCCUUCAGGCUGUCGCUUCUGGAUUGUACAUCCACGCAACCAUGACAAAUUGAUGCCGCUAGGAAGUGCGGGAGAACUAGUAAUUGAAGGACACACUGCUGCCCGUGGGUAUCUUGGUGACCCAGUGAAAACUGCAAAGGUGUUCAUUCGAAAUCCCGCAUGGACAGCAAGUCUUCCUACCAACGAAGGCUUCUACACCACAUCUAUGUAUAAGUCUGGUGAUCUUGCUCGACAGAAUCCAGAUGGUAGUAUUCAAUUCGUCGGUCGCAAAGAUACUCAGAUCAAAUUGAAUGGACAGAGAAUCGAACUGGGAGAGAUAGAGUUCCACGUCAAGAACACGUUGCCGGAAGGCGUACAGUCUGCAGUAGAACUAGUAGCCCCGGCGAGCCGCUCCUCCGCAAAAGCAUUGGCUGUCUUCUUUGCAUUGGAUGGGGAAAAUCGACGAGACAUGGCGAACGCAAUUCAGCCCGCCUCAUCUGAGCAACCCGCUGCUGACGAGUUGCUUCUGCCUCUAUCAGAUGACCUGCGAGAUCUUUGCAAGGCUACUGAGAAUGGAGUUGCCAGUGUAUUGCCUAGAUACAUGAUUCCUUCGAUUUUCUUCCCGAUUACCCAGAUGCCGUGGACAUCAGCUGGCAAACUGGAUCGGAACCGCCUUCGAACGCUUGUCCAGAAUCUCACCAAAGAAACCCUAGCGCCGUAUAGGCUGGCAAGUGCAGGUAAUAAGAGGAAGCCGGCAACUGAGACCGAAAAGAAACUCCAGAAGCUUGUGUGCACAGUUCUCAACUUAUCAGCUUCGGCUGUUGGAGCAGACGAUAGUUUUAUUCGCCUUGGUGGUGACUCUGUAGCUGCCAUGCGUCUUGUUGCGGCUGCACAGGCGGAGCGCCUUGAACUCUCUGUCAUCGAUGUAUUCAACAGCCCCAAGAUCUCCGAUUUAGCAGCCAAGUGUGGAUCAUCAGGUCAGAGCGUCAAGAUCGACAAAGCCAUUGAUGCAUUUGAAUUGUUGGGUUCAACCUUUCCUAGGGGCGAGAUGAUCAGCGAACUAGCAUCUCAAUGCCGUGUUCAUCAAAACACUAUCCAAGAUGCAUAUCCCGCAAGUCCGUUGCAGGAAGCAUUUGUUACGUUAUCAGUCAAACAGCCAGGUGCUUACGUCGCGCAACAUGUUCUCGAGCUCUCGCCAUCCAUCGACAUUACCAAAUUCAAGGCUGCAUGGGACAAAGCAGUGCAAGAAAUAGAUCUCCUACGUACGCGUAUUACUCAAACACAGACGGGAAGCUUCGUACAGGUGGUAUUGAUGGAAGAUCCCAUCUCCUGGAACGAAUCUGUAUCUCUCGAGCAGGUUGAAGGGGUUACAAACCAGGUCCCGUCACAUGUUGGUGGCCAAUUGUCAGCCUACACUAUCGUUAAAACUGAGCACAACGAGUGCUACUUCGUCUGGACCCUCCAUCAUGCGCUAUAUGAUGGUUGGAGCCUUCCUUUCAUGCUACAAAGAGUUGAACAGAUUUACCAGCAAGGUCUCUGCAAUCUUCCAAAGGUAUCCUAUAACAAGUUCAUCAAAUACCUGCAAGACGCGAACGGUGAAACUUCGACGAGAUUUUGGAAGGAUAACCUGGCAGGCUCAUCUCCCUAUCAGUUUCCACAGCGGUCGCAUGCGUCGGGGCCAGACACUACACCGAAUGGACAAGUCCUGCAGCACACCGCCACGCUACCCCAUCAACGGCCAUCUGAUAUUACUGCGUCAACAAUUGUGCGAGCAGCUUGGGCUCUUCUUUUGGCCACAUACACAGGAAGCGACGAUGUCGUUUUUGGUGAGACUAUCACUGGCCGCGAUAUCGCCGUGCCUGGAGUCACUGAAAUAUGUGGACCAACCCUAACAACGGUCCCAGCCCGUGUCAAGGUCGACCCGUCAAUGACAACUCUGGCUUUGCUACAAAGCAUAGCCCGAAAUUCAACAGACCGCAUUCCCCAUCAGCAUGUUGGGCUGUCGGAAAUCAAGCGUAUUGACCAGGACACUUCUGCUGCUUGUGAUUUCCAGAACCUGCUUGCAAUUCAGACAGGCGGCCAGGAACCGGAAAGUUCUAUGUGGAAGUUCCACAAUAACGGUAUCCAAACAAAUUACUUCACCUAUCCACUGGUCGUUGAAUGUAAGGUGGCAUCUUCCAAUGUGGAGAUCACGGCUUACUAUGAUGCCAACACAAUUUCAUCGUGGCAGACCGAACGAAUCAUCUACCAGUUCGGUUCCAUUCUUGGGCAACUCACGCUGGCCAAUUCAGUUAGCGAUGUACGCGUGAUGAGCGACCAAGAUGUCCAGCUCCUACGCGACUGGAAUUCAAAAGAGCCAGUAGUUGUCGAAAAGACCAUCCAUGAAAUAUUCUUGGAACAGGCAAGGACUAGGCCACAUGAAGUUGCCGUGUCCGCUUUUGACGGCGAUUUUACCUACUCCGAGCUCUGUGAUCAUGCUUCAGGCUUAGCACAGGAGCUCAUCAAGAUGGGUGCAGGUCCCGAAAAGAUGGUUCCAUUGUGCGUCGACAAAUCAAAAUGGGCAGUUGUGGCAAUCAUGGGGAUUCUGAUCAGCGGUGCUGCUUAUGUACCGCUCUCUCCCGAGCAUCCAGCGAUACGACAUCGCCAAAUCAUCCAGGACUGCAACGCAUCGAUCAUCCUUUGUUCUACCGUCUAUGAGCAAAAUUUCAAAAACGUAGUAGAAAGAGUUCUUCCUGUGAGCGAGGCAUCAAUUCAACAACUUCCAAGCCGACAAGGUACAAUUCCCUUGCGUGGCAAGCCCCAAAACAUAUGCUACGUGCUAUACACAUCAGGCAGCACAGGAUUGCCUAAAGGUGUUGUCAUUGAGCAUCGAGCCAUUGCUUCAAGUUCUGCUGCCAUAUGCAAGGCACUUCAUAUCCACCCAUCAUCUCGCGUCUUCCAGUUUGGAUCCUUUGUCUUUGACGCAUCUGUCAUGGAGAUCCUCACAUCGUUGACAUGCGGUGCUACUGUCUGUAUCCCAUCAGAAGAGGAGCGCACUACCGACAUUACUUCCGCGAUCAAUCGCCUGAAGGCUAGUUGGACAUGUCUCACUCCAUCUGUGGCAAAUGUCAUCGAUUGCCCAGAGGCGGUGCCUACAUUAAAGACAUUUGCUUCUGGAGCCGAAGCUCUCACACCAGAAACAAUCAAAAAGUGGGCUUCUGGACUGGACCUUUUAAAUGCAUACGGCCCAACUGAGGGAUCUGUUGUUGCCGUUGCUAACGAAAAUGUGUCCGAGCAGCGAGGCACCUCCAAUAUCGGACAUGCACUCAGCAGCGGUAGAUCCUGGAUCGUCGAUCCUAACGAUCCUAACAAGUUGGCACCAGUCGGUGCAGUUGGAGAGCUGUGUAUCGAAGGACCACUUCUCGCGAGGGGAUAUUUGAACAACCGAGUCAAAACCGCAGAGUCUUUUAUCUAUAAUCCUCGGUUCGCCAAGGCCCUUUUGCCAUUGAACGCAGACAUGCGCAUCUACCGCACUGGAGAUCUGGUACAGUACGCAUCAGAUGGUUCUCUAUGUUACAUCGGCCGCAAAGACAAUCAAGUGAAGCUAGCAGGCCAACGUAUGGAACUUGGAGAAAUAGAACACCACUUGCAAUCGGACAAGGCUGUCAAACAGGCUGUGGUACUUAUGCCAAAGGCUGGACCGGGCAAGAAGAAACUCACUGCAAUCCUUAGCCUUCACGCAACUCCGCAACCCGAGACUAAUGGUCCGCCAUGGAACAUACCAUUGGCAGAUCCGGAGACCCUAAAGCAAAUCAAUCAGGCAAGAACGAGGCUGAGCGACUUGGUCCCCUCAUAUAUGGUGCCGACUGUGUGGAUCGCGGUGCACAAGAUACCGACCUUGGCUUCAGCUAAGCUUGACAGGAAGCAGGCUGUCUCCUGGUUGGAGAAUAUGGACGACGCUCAAUAUCGCGAGAUACUGGAUUCAGAGAGUGCUUCCGAGCCAAUGAUACCUGCGUCUGCUACUGCAAAGAAACUUCAGUCAAUUUGGGCCAAGACGCUGAAUAUUCCUAUUGGGACUGUCAAGCUGAACAAAUCAUGGCUCUCUCUUGGUGGUGACUCGAUCACUGCAAUGCAACUACUUGCUCGUUCAAGAAAGGAGGGGAUCAAUCUUUCAUUGAACCAAGUCCUUCGCAGUAAAUCUCUGGCUACGCUUGCAGAGUCAAUUACUGAGGCCGGCCUUAGUUCAGUUGAGGGAACUGAGAAGUACGAUGAGCCAUUCGAACUUUCUCCGAUCCAGAAUUUCUAUUUCAAAUCCAUUGGAGAUGAAAAGGACUCUCACUUCAACCAAUCCUUUACACUGCAACUUUCAAGAAAUGUCGAUAGUGGACUUCUCAAGAAUGUCACUGAGAAAAUCGUAAAGCGACAUUCAAUGCUUCGUACUCGUUUCUCAAAGAACGCUGAAGGCGAUUGGGUACAGACCAUCCCAAGCACCGUCGAUGGAACGUACAGCCUGGACAUCCAUCAGGUCAACGACUUGGCCGAUGUUGUUUCAUUGAUAUCGUCCGUCCAAAAGUCCCUCGAUAUUGUUCAAGGGCCGCUGUUUGCAGUUCAAAUGUUCAAUACCAAGGACGACGGACAAAUACUCUUCAUCGUCGCUCACCAUCUAGUCGUCGAUGUUGUUUCCUGGCGCAUCAUUCUUGAUGAUUUUGAAGAGUGCCUGAAUUCUGCCUCCACGACACUUCAGAGCGCACUUCCUUUCCAAUAUUGGGUUCAAAGACAAGCAUCGCAUGCGAGAGACCCUGCUCAGAUAGAGUCUGUCAAGAAACAGAGACUAGAAGUCGAACCGGCCAAUAUCGCCUUCUGGGGUUUGGAUAAGCGCCGCAACGUCUAUGGCGACGUGGAACGGGAUUCAUUCUCGAUCACUGGCUCAAUUGCGGAGAAGGCGUUAAAUAAUCAUCAAGUGCUGAGGACCGAUGUCGUAGACAUUUUUGUGUCUGCCAUCAUUCAUUCUUUCUCCCGUAUUUUCAUCAACCGGCGUGUCCCAACCGUCUUCAAUGAGACGCACGGUCGCGAAACCUGGGAAAUGAGCAAUCUCGAUCUCUCUAGGACCGUUGGUUGGUUCACCACGAUGUAUCCUGUCACAAUUUCCAUCUCUGAAGAGGAGGAUGAUGUGGUGCAGACUGUACGAAAAGUGAAGGACCUGAGACGAAAUAUUGUCGACAACGGACGCCCCUACUAUGCCCAUCGAUAUCUUACCAGCGACGGCAAGGAACGUUUUGCCCAGCAUGAACCAAUAGAGAUUCUAUUCAAUUACCUUGGCAAGAUGCAACAACUUGAAGCUGAAGACUCUCUCUUCAAACCCCUCAAGUUUACCGAAGAGCAAGAGGCUGAAAUGUCUGAUUUGGGCAUAAAGACUGCGCGCCCUGCUUUGUUCGAAAUUUCUGCAGCAGUCGCUCAAGGUGAAAUUACCUUCAAUUUCAUGUACAACCGCUGGAUGAAGAACCAAAAAGGAAUUCGCCGCUGGAUUGCUGAAUGUCAACGCACGCUGGAGGAAAUUGUUUCCGAUCUAGGAGACAUUGACAAUCCUCAGCCGACAAUUUCGGACUUCCCGUUGUUGCCAUUGGAGUCAUACGACAGGCUUAGCAAGGUCAUCAAGUCCAUCUCCAACGCAGGUAUCAGCUCGUAUAACCAAGUUGAAGAUAUCUACCCUUGCGCAUCCAUGCAAGAGGGAAUGAUCCUAAGCCAAAUCAAAGACCCAGAGUCAUACCUAUCGUAUUCUGCGUUCGAAAUCAAGUCCAAGCAUGGGAAGGUGGACGCAUCCCGAGUUGCAUCUGCAUGGCAGAAGGUUGUCGACCGCCAUCCUGCUUUGCGUACGUCAUUCGUUGACAGUGUUUGCAAAGGUGGCGUCUUUGAUCAGAUUGUCAUCAAAUCUCCCGACAGUGGCGUCGUCACAUACUCCUGCAAGGACUCCGAGCUGAAGAGCAAGCUGAAGAGCAUCAAGUACAGGGACCUCAACGGGGCCAAGAAGCCGCGUUUGCCUCAUCAAUUUGCCAUCAUCCAGACAACUUCUGGCAAAACAUUUGUAAAGAUGGAAAUCAACCACGCAGUCAUAGACGGUGGAUCGCACGCUGUUAUUCGUCGCGAUCUUGAAGAUGCGUAUGAAGGACGACUAGCAGAAGAUGAGGGCCCACUCUACAGCGAUUACAUCAAGUACAUACGUAGCCAGCCCGCAGAAAAGGCGAUACAGUACUGGAAGGACCAACUGCGUGGGCUCCAGCCAUGCUACUUCCCCAUAACCCCACAACACUCAUCGAAACAGAGGGAGCUGCAUUCGUUGUAUCUCAAGUUCGAUAGAUUCUCAGAGCUUCAUGCGAUUGCAGAGAGGAACAGUGUCACUCUGUCCAACAUUAUGCUUGCUGCUUGGUCGAUGGUUCUCCGAACCUUCACGGGAUCCUCUGACGUCUGCUAUGGAUAUCUCACAUCUGGGAGGAAUAUACCCGUUGAAAACAUCCAAAAUGCCGUAGGAGCUUUCAUCAAUAUGUUGGUCUCGCGCACACAACUGUCAAGGGGUCAAUCUCUUCUAGAGAUCUUCCAGAAAGUCCAGAACGAUUUCAUUGAGAGCAUUCCGCAUCAACAUUGCUCUCUUGCUCAGUUCCAGCAUGAUCUUGGCCUUUCCGGAAAGGCGCUAUUCAACACUGCAGUCUCUGUACAAAACCAGGGUGCUGCCAUCCCGAACGAUGGCGUGGACUCGAGCGUGGAGUUUGACAUGUUGGACGUACAUGAUCCAAGUGAAUUUGCCAUCACGGUAAACAUUGAUACAAGUCGCAAUGAUGAAGGCGUACGCUUUGCAUAUUGGACGGACUCAGUAUCAGAUGAUGUGGCCAACAAUAUCUCCGAGACAAUGGCCAAGAUACUCAUACAAAUACUCAAUGACGAGAGUCAGACGAUUGCCGAACUCGACGCUGCAAUCUCCGAAAAGCCACCUCAGUCGCAACGAAACUCAAUGCCUCGACCGCCUCUAAGAUCUUUGAAGUCGACACCACGUUUUGAAAGGCCUGAACCAGAAUACUCGCUACCGCCAGUGCCUAAGAUUGAGUUGCCCACACCUGCGCCGUCAGCCUCUGCAGCUUCUGGAGAUUGGUCAGGCUUGAUACGUUCUAUCGUGACUGAAAUGGUACCUCAAAUCGUGGAUCAAAUGCUUGCAAAGAACAAAUUUGCCCCAACGCCGGCAGCUGCAACGGUCGAUAGUAUGACUAACCAAAUGGUUGGUAUGAUCACACGCAAGGCAUCACACUCAAUGAGAGGCCGCCCGAAUCUCGAAACAGGGUCCAUACGAUCCAGGCGAUUAAGCGUAGCCAGCGAUACUGAGAGCAGGAUCAACAUUGCUGCGGAUAUGGUCGCAGCGGCAGGAGUCAUGGCAACCGAAGCUCUUAAAUCCGUGCCACCCGAUUUUGUCGAAAAGAAGUUGUUGUCAUUGUGGAGCGAGUUACUGGAUAUGGUGGAGGAUUCUAUUGGUAACGAAGAUAGCUUCUUCCAAUUGGGAGGCGACAGUAUUGUCGCAAUGCGGCUUGUCGGUGCAGCAAGAGAAGAAGGUCUGUCUAUGACGGUGGCCGACGUAUUCAAGAAUCCAACGUUUGCCGAUAUGGCAAGGGUUGUCCGUGUGGCUGGUGAAGUCAUCGACCAAGUCAUGUCUCAGGCCGGAGGAGAUGCAGCUUCUAUCAAAGAAGCUGUUGCAAGCUCCUCGAAGCUGGGAGGGCAAUCUCGAGAUAGGACUGCUUCCGCUUGGAGAGACUUCCAAUCUAUCGUCUCCGAACAAGCUAUUCUGGACGAAGAUCAAUCUCAGCACGCAAGUUCGCCCGGCACCGAGAAAGAACAGAAGGAACAAAUGUUCAACAAAUGGCAGGGUUUCACUUCCGGCCUCGAGAACACAGUUCCGCCUCAGAGAGCUGCAAGCCAGAAACGACAAAAGCUUUCGCGACCGGCUGGAGUAACCACAAUUCACGAGGAUCCUAAGUCCGUCUCACUACUUGGCGAUCCAAACGUUGACAGUGUCAUCUCCAAAGUACAAGUCUUCAAGGGUGGCAUUUCUGAUGUUAUUCCUGUGACCGAUUUCCAAUCUCUUGCCAUCACUGGCACUCUGCUUGAGUCGAGAUGGAUGCUGAACUACUUCUAUCUUGAUGGCAGUGGGCCUCUGGAUCUUCGCAAGCUAAAGCAAACCGCCUUCCGCAUAGUGCAGGCUUUCGACAUUCUGCGAACCGUCUUUGUGCCAUACGGCGAUCGUUUCCUACAGGUCGUACUGAGGAAGCUGCAGCCCGACUUCAUUUUCCAAGACACAGACCUUGAGCUAGAUGAGUUCACUGAAGAGCUUCGCCAGAAGGAUCGUGAGCACGGUCCUCGACUUGGUGAGACCUUUGUCCAAUUCGUGGUUGCUAAGCAGAAGAAGAGCGAGCACUAUCGUAUCUUCAUGCGAUUGUCUCACGCGCAAUACGAUGGUUUCUGUCUGCCGAAGAUCCUUGGUGCGCUUCAAGCUGGGUACAAUGGCCUUCCGAUCUCCUCUGCACCCAGCUUUGGCAACUAUGUCCGGGAAUCUGCUAAGACCGUCGCUGGUGCCCAUGACCAUUGGCGUGAGGUGCUACGUGGAUCCAAGAUGACCGAGGUCGUCAAUCGCUAUGGUCCAAACUAUCAGCGUUCGGCCGGAAGAACUGUUACUCUCAAGCAAACAUUGACAGUGCCAACCUUAUCGCAUAUCAACAUUACUGUCGCUACAGUCAUCAAAGCGGCAUGGGCAUCUACUCUGGCGCGUAUCGCAAGUAAGAGCGACAUUGUUUUCGGCCACCUCAUCUCAGGCCGAAACAGUGGAGUGCCAAACGUUGAGAGCAUAAUCGGACCAUGCAUCAACAUGGUCCCUGUACGCGUGGUAUACCGCCCCGAAUGGACGGUACUGCAUCUGCUGGAAUACAUUCAAGACCAGCAGAUUUCGAAUAUGCCAUAUGAGUCUCUCGGGUUCAGAGAGAUAACGCGCAACUGCACAGACUGGCCGGAUUGGACAAACUUUUCUAGUGUGGUCCAGCAUAACCAAAACAUCCAUUCGGAUGAUGCCACUCUUCAGCUUGGUGGCAUCGAAUACAAGGUGGGCGCUGUGGGAUCGCAGGAAGACUUCGCCGACUUCUCCAUUCUUUCCACGCAUCGUGGGGGAGAUCAACUUGAAGUCACCCUGACAUACGCGCCAAACAGUACCAUCACGGCGGAUUACGCACAGAACGUCUUCGAUAUGCUUUGCGCAACCGCGAUAACUUUCGGGGAGGACCCCUAUACCUUGAUGCCGUCACCAUCCGAACUCACCUCCCAGAGUUCUACAACCCUUCACUCCGAGAAGAGCGUCAAGAAAUCAACAGAGAAACAGCCAGUAACCUUACCCAAUGACACUGGUCUCUCGAAACACGAGGUCAACACCCUUGCUGCCAAACUUCGCUCAGCCUGGGAACAGAUUCUCCGCGACGAAAAUGGACAGCCCGUCGCCCUCGAAUUGAAUUCAAACUUCUUCGAGCUUGGCGGAGAUAUUAUGGGGUUGGCCCAAGUAGCAUCCAUUCUCGAUCAGGAUCACCUGAAGAUUAGGGUCGAGGAUUUGAUUGACAAGUCGUCUUUCAAUGAACAAGUCGGUUUGCUGGCUGUUGAGAGACGCAAGCAGAUUGAGAUGGAAGAGAUGAGCCCAUGGGGAGAGAAGGCUCGACCGAAGAGGGAUGACAUCAAGAAACUUGAAAGAAGAGAGAGUGGAAUCGGCGCCCUAGUGAAGAAGAUAGGGUUGAGCCGAACCAAGACGGACCCAGGGAAGGGAAAGUAA